GUUAAUAUAACCUUACCUUACGCAAGAGAAAAACAGAGCACGGCUCUUCCCUCGCUCGACGCUCGACUUCUGCAUUUUCUACCUCUGACCUCGGCGGCUCGGUGGAUUGCGUUCACCGGCAGCUGAAUUCCGGCGUCAACUCAUCGAAGACGACCAGCCACCACUCAGCCCUCCAAUUUAGAAGUGAUUUAGAAGAUGAACUUUAAGAAGGUCAAUGUUCCCAAGAUGCCUGGUGGAGGAGCAGCCUCUGCCUUAAUCAAACUUGGAGUUGUUGCAGGGCUUGGCGUGUAUGGAGUUGCUAACAGUCUCUACAAUGUCGAGGGAGGACAUCGUGCUAUUGUUUUCAAUCGUUUAGUAGGGAUCAAAGAUAAGGUGUAUCCUGAAGGGACACACAUAAUGCUCCCAUGGUUUGAAAGGCCUGUCAUUUAUGAUGUCCGGGCUAGACCACAUCUAGUGGAGAGCACAUCAGGCAGUCGUGACCUUCAGAUGGUGAAAAUUGGUCUUCGUGUUCUCACACGCCCUGUACCUGACCAGCUGCCUACCAUUUAUCGAACUCUUGGUGAAAACUACAAUGAAAGAGUCUUACCUUCAAUUAUCCACGAGACUCUGAAAGCUGUUGUUGCUCAAUACAAUGCAAGCCAGCUCAUCACCCAGAGAGAGAAUGUCAGUAGGGAAAUCAGGAAAAUAUUAACCGAGAGAGCUGCCUUCUUCAACAUUGCACUGGAUGAUGUGUCGAUUACCAGCCUAACCUUUGGAAGGGAAUUCACUGCCGCCAUAGAAGCUAAGCAGGUAGCUGCACAAGAAGCUGAGAGGGCCAAGUUCGUGGUAGAUAAGGCUGAGCAAGACAAGCGAAGUGCUAUAAUCAGAGCUCAGGGAGAAGCCAAGAGUGCCCAGCUGAUAGGUCAAGCUAUUGCCAACAACCCAGCAUUUAUUACGCUUAGGAGGAUUGAAGCAUCCAGAGAAAUUGCCAACACACUUUCUGCUUCAAGCAACAAGGUUUUCUUGAACUCGGAUGAGCUUCUUUUGAACCUUCAGGGUCUCGCGUUGCAAGGUGGAAAGAUUUGAAUGCUCAAGAUUACCAAACUUUUUUGUUAUUUAAAUUUUUAUCCAUCGAGAGUCUGAGUGGGAGUAGUCUCAAAUCAAGGAUGAUGGUGACAUAAAACUUGUGAAGCAUUUGUUUCUUGGAUUCAAUAUGCUCUGAAUAAAACAAAAUUGUGGAUUUCGAAACCUAUCCUCGUGAGUUGUGGGCACUUGCUGAUGUCUUUUAAUGUCUAGGAUUUGUGGGUGUUUGGUGCUUGAAUCUCUGGAGUAUCAUGAAAUUAAGGUUUUUAUUCUUUCAGUCA